AUGAAUACAGAAAAUAAGAAAUAUGUAGAUAGGAUAAAGAGAGGAGAAGAACUAGAUGAUGGCAGCAAGGAAUUCCCAGGACAGCUCCAAGCUCUCCCUCAUUUGCAACUAGCUCUCUUAUCUCUUUGUGGUGGAGAAUGGAAUCUGAAUCUCUCCAUUUAUAGAGUGAAAUUUCAUCCUCCCUUUUGGCUGGUGAAGCACACCUCUCUUAGCUCCUCCCAACUGCCUCAACAGCCCAAUAAUGCCAACUGCUCUAGCUGCCCAGACAUGCUAACUGCUCCAGCUGCCCAUACAUGUUAA